AUGCAGCCUGCUUGCUUUGCUCCUUACUCUGGCGGUGUGCACGACAACUUCGAAACCAGCCCUUUCGACCCUUCAAGCAACAUAUGGAUAGGCUAUCUUGACGAGCCCGAGAAACCUUACCGUCACUUCAUCAGCCUCGAAGAUCUCGUCGACGAAGCUCAGGACAACUACGAAAAUGGCUACAAGGACAGAUUUCCUCGCUAUCUGAUCACCUUCGAUGGCCGCGCUGGUUACAGCGUCCCUGUUCACGAAGAACUCAUGUUCAGCGCUCAGUGUUCUGCUUGUAAGGGCAAGAGGAACUGCGAUCGUGUUUUGAUGCAGUACUUUCCCAUCAAAGUCUGGGACUAUUCUCAUGGCAGAAAGACCAACAUCUUUGUGAGUACUACUAACUAUCUGAUAUUGCCUGCAGCUGACAUUAACUGUGUANNGCUCUGCGCGCUGGUCUUCAAGAUCAAAGGUCAGAACAUGCUCGCACUCCUGAAGCAUCAUUCCCAGGGCAAGUAUGGCUUCCAAGAAACCAGUGGCCAAGUCUCAAAAAGCAUGACUGUCGAAUUUGCUAAGCCUAAAGUCGGCGUUGUUGAUGAGCAAGUUCUUGACCAGAGCAAGGCAUGUAUAGAUGCUACGGAUCUCACCUCACAGAACACGGCGGCAACAAGUCACUACGCUAAGUCACGCAACCGACCCAUGGUCAUCGAUCUUACCAGUGAUGAUGAAGAUGACGUUUCGACCGUCAAGAACGAGCGUAGAAACACUUCGCAGGAUACACCAACCUUCACACCCGUCACACAGCAACCUGAGAGCCAUCCACCACAGAUCGACUUGGCCCCACAAGUUGAUCUGUUGAAGGAGUUUGGUAGUAUGAUGGCCGUCAUGGUAGCAGACUUCGGCAUCGAUGCUCUGGCCCAGCCCGAAGCUAGACGACUGAGACUAUCUAUGGGAGAAGCCGCAAAAUCAGGCAACCAGGCCUUGCUCCACCAACACUUUGGAGCACUCCAUGCUGUAUUGCAGGCUGCACAGUAG